AUGUCCACCGUUAUAGCGAAUGGGAACGAGCAUUAUGGCGACGGUGAUAGCGACGGUCGGCACGCAGGAUCACGGGCUGUUGCCCAGGUAGACUCAUUACCGUCCACACUGCAAAGUCUUACCCUGUCUCCCAAUGGCCCAACCCAAGAAUCCUUCACAUCCUCUUGCCAAGUCAUGGACCUCUUCACAACCGCUCGCGAACAAGGUCGACCACUACAUGUCUCCGCCCCCAUGGUCCGCUACAGCAAACUCCCCUUCCGCCUCCUCCUCCACUCCUACAACGUAGACAUAAUCUACACCCCCAUGAUCCUCGCCCAUGAAUUCAUCCGCAGCCCCAUUGCACGGGACAGCGACUUCGCCACUUCGCCCCUCGAAAGGCAAUCCACACGCAUUUCCCACGGAAGCCAACAACAACACGCCCUCAUCGCCCAAUUCGCCAGCUCCGACCCCACCGAAUUCGCGCGCGCCGCAGAACUCAUCGCGCCCUGGGUCGACGGCGUAGACCUCAACUGCGGCUGCCCGCAAUCCUGGGCCCUGAAGGAAGGAAUCGGCUGCUCACUCAUGUCCUCACCCACCCUCGUAGCCAACAUGAUCCGUGCCGCGCGCGCCCGACUCGGUCCAAGCAAAAGCGUGAGCGUCAAGAUCCGAAUCCACGCGGACUUAUCGAAAACUGUUGCCUGGCUGGAUGAAGUGGCGAAAGCGGAGCCGACGUUCAUCACCAUCCACGGUCGCACGCGAAGUCAACGGUCGUCUACGCCGCCGGAUUACGGCGCUAUACGCACUUUACGCGAACGUAUCCCCGUUUCCAUUCCGGUGGUCGUGAAUGGGGACGCGUAUACCCUUUCCGACGUCACGACCAUCGCCGCAAAGACAGGCGCGGACGGCGUGAUGGCUGCGCGGGGGAUUCUAGAGAACCCAGCUAUGUUUUCCCACUCGGGCGUUGGCGGGACCCCGGUGGAGUGCGUGCAGAGGUUUCUGGGAUGGGCGGUGAGGUGUCCGAUUCCGUUCCCGUUGGUGUUGCAUCAUGUGAGUGAGAUGACGGGGCGGAUGAAGGGCUUUGGGAAGCUGGAGAGGAGACGGUUGGGGGCGUGUAGGGAUUUGAUUGAGUUGGUUGAUUUUGUGGAUGCAAAAUGGGGUGUGCAGCGGUACUGUUUCGAAGCGGAUGCGGAUGGAGUAGAUGGCGGUUGA